GGCAAAUGUCGGGGCGGGCCAGCGGCACUGGGGAGUUGAAGGACCCGUAAAACACGCACUGCCGCACGGCCUCAACUUCCAAACAACCCGCCGGUUUGGUUGUUGUUGUUUUUUUUGUUUUUUUCCCCCUUCUGCCCGGAACAACUUUUUUUUUUUUUUUGCCCAAUCAUGAGCACGGCUGUGGUGUCGCCUUUUUUCGACUUUGAAGCGAUGAACAAGAACAACAAGCUGCUCGGCUUCAACAACAACCCCAUGACGGUCCCCAACGUGGCCAUGCCCAGCCCCGCCGGAGCCCUGCUGGACAGGAAGGCGGUGGGCUCCCCCUCGGUGGGAGGCGUGUACCAGCGGCGACACUCGGUCAGCAGCGGCACCAAGUUCAGCCAGAACCAGUUCCUCAACAGUCUGAAGGCGGCCGAGCACUCGUUGCUGAUCUCCGGGGCGAACAAGGAGAACCGCCUGCGGGACCGCUCCUUCUCCGAGACGGGCGAGCGGCUCCUCAACAAGUGCCUGGGCCCGGCCAGCCCCACGGGCAGCCAAGUGAACUCUAGCCGCUACAAGACGGAGCUGUGCCGGCCCUUCGAGGAGAACGGCGCCUGCAAAUACGGCGACAAGUGUCAGUUCGCCCACGGCAUCCACGAACUGCGCAGCCUGAGCCGCCACCCCAAGUACAAAACGGAGCUGUGCCGCACCUUCCACACCAUCGGGUUCUGCCCGUACGGCCCCCGCUGCCACUUCAUCCACAACGCCGAGGAGCGCCGCGGACCCCCGCUCAAGUCCUCAAUCUCCUCCUCCUCCACCGGCGAGAUGGAGCGUCCCCGGCUGCAGCACAGCUACAGCUUCGCCGGCUUCUCCAGCUCGGCGGCGCUCCGAGACAGCCCCACGUCCGUCACCCCGCCGCCCAUGUUCUUCCCCGACGAGGUCUCCGACUGGCCCAGCAGUAACCCCUUCACCUACUCCAGCCAGGAGCUGGCCAACCUGUUCGGGCCCAGCUUGAGCAGCAACCCCACGGGCCCGGACCCCGGACACCCCACCCCCCCUUCCCCGACCGGCACGCCGUACUACUUCAGACCCAUGUUGGAGUCCCCUCAGAUGUUCGAGUCCCCGUCCAGCCCUCCCGAUUCCCUCUCGGACCAGGAGGGCUACCAGAGCAGCUCCGGGGGCAGCCUGAGCGGCUCCGAGUCGCCCACGCUCGACACCACCCGCCGCCUGCCCAUCUUCAGCCGCCUUUCCAUCUCCGACGACUAGACUCUUUAUCUUAUUUUGUUGGUUUUUUUUCGUUUCUUUUUUCGACACGAGGAGAACGGCGGCGCACCCCCCCCCCCUUUCUACCUCUCGCCUGAGGACGUAGCGAGUAGAGGGAAGCGUCAGCUAAUCAUUUCAUCCCCGCUAAUCUGCACACUGUUUUAUUUUGUUGACGAGUAGCCUGCCACGUGUCAUAGUGCCAAAAACCACACCAAGAGAAAAACGGACAAAAAAAAAAAAAAUCACGACAAAUUACUUCUUUUUUUUUUUUUUUUGCAAAGUGCGCCUGUUUUUUUCCUGGGGGUUAUUUUUUUUUUUCCGUUUGUUUGUCAUUUUUGCUUUCGAACGUGCGACGGCAGCACAAGUGGCCUUAGAAAAGAGACGAGGCCCCGCCCCCCAACUUCCUGGAGGGAGUGGAGGCUCACAAACGACAACAAAAAAGAAAAGUUAUGAAUAGUUUUUUAAAGUCACUUCAGAAAAAAAAAAAGUCAUUAAAAAGUGCCUGGGGGGGGGAAGGCCAGGGGGGAGUUUUUGGGUGAAUGGACUGUUUGUUUCCCCCGCCGCCCCCCCACCCCCACCCCACACCCGCCACCCCAGUGUCUUAUGUAAUUGUGAUCAGGGUGAGUCUGCAGGAAGGACUUUGAACUGGAAGUUGCCCCCUCCCCUCCCCCCCAUCUCUUUCAUCCUGUUGCUGGUCACUGGCUCGUUAUUAUCUUUUCGGGAACUUACCUUUUAAGUGGCCCCGCCCCCUUUUUCACCCCAUCCUCACCUGUGACUUGACAAGAUUGGAUCUCCAAGCUAUUUUUUUUCGUGCCUCCCACUGCUUUUUUUUUUGUUUUUUGUUUUGCUCUCUUCAUUUGAUAAUUAUUUUUUAUUAAUGUUAUUACGGUUAUUGUUGUUUAAAGAACUUUCCAGACCGAAGGUUUUUUUUUUUUUUUUUUUUGCUUGUCACUGCUUAUUUAACUUAUCAGAACAUAUUUAUUGGUGAUCAUAUGCAUUUUUUUGUUUAAUUUUUUUGUAUUUAUCUGGAUAAUGAACAAUAGAAUAUAUUUUCUUUUAUGUUAAAUUAUGAUCUUCCAUAUUAAUCUAAAGAUUGUGAAGACAUUUUGUCAGUUUUUCCUUUUUUUUUUCGUUUUCACCACAGUUUAAUAUAUUGUACUUAACUUUCUGCAACUACUUUUUUUUUUUUUUUUGUCAAAAUUAAUUUAAAGCGAUAAACUGCGACAAAAAAAACCCUUUUUUUUGGAUUAUUUAUUUCACUUCUUGGUUCGUACUCCCUCGUAACUGCAAUUACACGCGCCUCCCAUCUUCCCAAUGAGAGCGUAACAGUAGCUAGCUGUUAUCGACAACAUAUUCCAGGACUUUACCGCUUCUAGCUGGACGGUAGAAGUAACUUGGAUGCUUUUAAGAACUUUUUUUUUUGUUGUUCUACCCGGUUUGCUGUGACCAAAUGGAGGGAAAGGUCAUUGGUGCACAUGCAAGUCCCCCCGCCCAACCCCCUCGACUAUUAAAGUGCCUCUUUUCAAUACAUUCCAGGUAGCCGAGGCCUUUGGUGCCUUUUUAUAUUGAAUGACGGAGGACUUUUUCUUCUUUUCCCCCACAUUUGGUAGACGGGGGUGAACAGAUUUUUCUUUUUUUUUUUUUGGGGACACAAAGAAAGUAAAAUAGAAACUGUUGAAUGUAUUUUUCCAGCCAUGUUUGUUCACUACAGUCCUUUCUGUGAGUUUAUAUGAGAGCCUGUUUGUUUUUUUCCCCUCUUUUUUUUGUAAGUAUUGAUUGCAGUUAAGUCAAUAAACCCUGUAUUUUUUGGAAAAGUUAAAA